AUGCUUCGAAGACGUGCUCGAGCCAUCUUGAAUCUCCAUGACUUGAUUAUAGGAAUUUACGAUACCAACUUUAUUGGCUUAAAUAAGUUAAACCAUUUCGGUGCUUUGUUCUCCACUGGGUCGAGUUACACAGAGCUGCCAAGGAAGCUUAAGCAGUCUGAGCGGAAGCCAUGGGUGACGAGUGUUAACGAACUUAAGCGUAGAGCUAGAUUAGAAAAACAAGAGAGAAAUGUCGUCAGAGAGGUCACGUUAAGUCCUCCCGAAAAUGGAUUAUUGGUUAAAAAAUUAGUCCCAGUUGCGCAUGAGGUUUUAGCUGCUAGAACCGAAUUGUUGGCUUGUGUGUCAGAAGUUGUCAACAGCACUCCAAUUUAUUCAUGCAGCUUGUGUGGGGAAGUUCAUGUGGGUUAUCCACCACAUAAGAUCAGGACAUGUAAUGUCAGUGGAAGCAAAACAAACAAAGAGCAUACUUGGGAAAAGGGUGGCAUUGAUCAAGUUUUGCCCGUUGUGGAAUCCUUUCAUCUGUAUGACAGGUUGGGGAGAGCUGUUUCACAUAACGAACGGCUUCAAGUUGAUCGGAUUCCAGCGAUUGUAGAGUUGUGUAUUCAAGCAGGGGUGGACAUCCUCGAGCACCCAACGAGAAGAAGAGAGUUCCCUUUAUACCGUGUUGCCGGGAGGAUGAUAGAUUUUGAGAAAAGAUUUCCCAAGGAUGAUUCAUCUGCCAAGUACAUCAACACGUAUGGAUUUUGGGAGAGUAGAAAAAAGCCCUGUGAAGAUAAGAAGUCGUUGAAUUUGCAAUAUGAUAAUAUACAAGGUUUUGCUGUGCGAGGUAUGGAAGCAUGGGAGAAGAUGCGGUCAGGAGCCACAAAAGUCAUGGAGAGUUAUGCUGUCCAAACAUGUGCGUAUUGUUCUGAGGUGCAAGUGGGGCCUAAGGGCCAAAGAGUGAGGCAAUGCCAAGCAUUCAAGCACCAGAUGAGGGAUGGACAACAUGCUUGGCAGGAGGCCACAAUUGAUGAUUUGGUUCCUCCAGUGCAUGUGUGGCAUGUACAAGAUCGGCUGGGUGAUGGCCUACUUGUUGAUAGAUUGAAACGAUACUAUGGAAAAUUGCCUGCUGUGGUGGAAUUGUUUGCAAAAGCUGGAGCACAGGUUGGAGAAAAUUAUGAUCAUGUGAGAAGGGCAGAUGUAGUAGUUCCUGGAUUAGAUGAAGAAGGGUUGGUUGUAUGAAACGGUUAAGAACUUAAUUGCAUAUUUAUGAAGCAUUAAAUAGGAG